GUAGAAUCGAAAAUUCAAAACUCAGCUCUAAAGCGCCAAAAAAAUCAAAAUGCGCACACUCUCUGAUACCUGCCACCUGCUUGCUGCUGCUCCCCUUCUAGAUCUAUUUUUUCUAUGCUACUCUUUCUCUCUCUCUCUCUCUCCAUUUCUGUUUGAAAUCAUGAGAGUUAAACACACUGCUGCCAGGAAAUCAACCACCAACGGUCCUCGUUCAAAGGCUCAGAAAUCUCCGCGCAGUUUGCAAUCACCACAAUCGCCUUCUAGUAGUUCAAAGCGCAAAUCACUCAGAAACACUGAUGCAACUCCUCAAAAGAAGAAGGCUUACCGCCGUAAGCCGGGCACUGUGGCACUCUGGGAAAUACGCAAAUUUCAGAAGUCAUUCAAGCCCUUGAUUCCUGCUGCGCCUUUCAUUCGAACAGUGAGAGAGAUUACUCACCAGUUUGCUCCUUAUGUUGGUCGUUGGCAAGCUGAAGCUCUGAUGGCCCUUCAAGAGUCUGUCAAUUGUAGGCUGCAGAGAAUUUUAUUGUCCGUUUGUUUGAAGAUGGUAUGCUUUGUGCAAUUCAUGCCAAACGAGUUACACUCAUGAAAAAGGAUUUGGAGCUCGCGCGAAGGAUUGGGGGCAGAGAGAGGGGAUGGUAACUAAACAACACAGAUGACUCAUUUAUUUAAGGGCCAACAAUUGAAUUCGCUGUUGAUUUCAUCUGUAUAUACUGCUCUAGGCUUCUAUUCCAAUGUAAUUUAUAAAUCCAAGGUUAGUAGCAUGUUAAGCUUUGUAUUCAGUAUAAUGAGACUUAUAUUUUGCAGUUGAGAUUUUAGUUGUUUGAUGUGACUUGUAAAUUGUAACUUGUAAGUGACGUCUUGAGGAUUAUCGGGACAAUAUACUAUUUUUUUUU